ACCUAGUGACCGCUCGCUCCCUGGCGCUCAAUAGCACAUUACGACAAAACCCAACGUCUGUUGCAGGAUAUGCACAAUGACAAUGCCAUGGAGCUUCUGCUGGUCUUUCUGUCUCCUGCCUCUCCUCCUGGCUGUGAAGAUCCACGCUGCACGCUCGGCCCCUGAUUUCUCUCUGUAUCUUCACAACAUUUUGAAGAACCACACGGCCCACGCUUGUGAAGGAGACAUACUCAUCAUUGACUGUCCCUCCAGGACAUCCGUGGCCGUCCUGUCGGCCUUCUAUGGCCGACGUGUUCCCAGUCAGCAUCUGUGCCCCCCUGCAAACUCCAACACAACUGUGGAGGAGGACACUGAAUGCACUUCCCCAGUGGCCAUCGAGAAAGUGCUGUCAGAGUGUCAGGACCGGCGGUCGUGUCACAUCCCCGUCUUCAGUCCGGUGUUUGGACAGGACCCGUGCCCGCUCACCAGCAAGUACCUCCUGGUCGCCUAUAAGUGUCGACCAGAGCACCACCGCACAAGACUGGUCUGUGAAAAUGAGCGUCUGAAGCUCGCAUGUAAAAAUGAGACCGUCCUCGCCAUCUACUCUGCCACUUUCGGACACCUGCUGCAUGGCAGCCCCUACUGUCCUCAGGAACCUGGAUCACAGACUGACAUGGAGUGUCUGUCUCCAGUGGCUCUGAGGAAGGUGUCACGCAGGUGUCACGGCAGAGCAAACUGUUCAGUGCUGGCCGAUAUUCAAACCUUUGGGGACCCCUGUUUCCCCGGCACCAGGAAACACCUGCGAGUGUCCUUCACUUGUGUGCCCCGAUAUCUUCUGGAAGACGUGGGACGAGGGUCCACAGAUCCUUUCUUGAUCUCAGACUACACACACGGUGGAUGGUACACUGGCCCCACCUACAGGUUCCAAAACGUGCUCUUAACCAACUCUCUGGAGAUCAUUGAAAAAGUAAUGGGUUUCCCUGAACGUGUGGCUCUGUACUUUGUCUCUGGCAUCUGUGCUGGUCUGGUUUUCCUGCUCUGCCUGUUCGGUAUCCGCUCCACUAUAGUGAGAGACGUUAAAGAUCUGGUUUCUGACCUGAGCGAUGAGUUGAAGGCCUCUCGCAGAAAGCGCAAGGAGCUCAUGGAGGACCUCUUUGACGAUGAAGUCUCGGACACGUCGUCUUUCCGUCACCUCACGCAAUCCUACCGCACAGCAGACAUCUUAAAUCCAUCAGCUUUAACACUAGAGAUGGUCGACCGUGAGGUGGAGCAGACUAGAGAUCUGCCCAACGGAGACAUCUGGCCCAAUCGAGACUCCAGCCCUUACGCUAUUCACAAGAUUAAAACCUACAACAAUUGAGAAACGUUACAUGUUUUACAUCUGCUUUAAAAUGUGAGCUGUUGAAUGUUCUUUUUACUUUAAAUAUAACUGUUCAUCCUUAAGUCCUCGUUCAUUACAACCAUUAUUAAGAUUAAUAUCAGCUAAGUUGUUGGUUAACUUCCUCGUGGUUGUGUUUUGUGAACAAUGUAUGGAGCCAACGGUUCAACUUCAGAUAAUUUAACAUUUUAAUUUAACAUUGCUGAGACGUGCUUGCUAAUAAAGGUUGAAUUAGUUAGGUGA